UUUCGACGAGUUCGAACGAUAGACGUGUCGUGACGAAUAUCUGUUUCUUUUUUUUGUACGCUAGUAAAUAUUCUUUUACAGUUUAGAAAGUGUACGACUCUCCUUUCUCUCUUCUUUUCUUUUUUGUUCCGUACCUUAAAGCGUCCUCCAUUAUUUCAUUCGUACCGUUCUUUUUUUUUUCUUACCAUCCGACGUUAAACCAUAACCAGAUACAUCAAUCCUUUGUCGCAUCUCUGUUCUAGGCAAUCGUGGCCUAGAAUAAUCUAACGCCAUAUUUUACGUAAAGUACGUAAAGUAGCGAAUUAGAGAAAAAGAAAAAAAAACACGUCGUAUCGAAUUAGAUCGCCAAGCCGGUGUUUAUAAACUAUUACUGUUGUUAUUAUUGCUAACUACUGCUACCACUACGUUACACUCGUACGUCUUCCUUGUGAUUUUUUUUCUAUCUUUCUACAGCCAGUCUGAAAAGAAAAAAAGUGAUAUUUAUCAAUAAUCCAUCCGAUCGAUAGAUUUUCUUGUCGAAACAUUAUCGUAUACCGUACAACUUGGACAAAGCAACAAUGGGCAUAGAAAAUAAGAUGUCAGAGAAGAAUCUCGAGAUGAGGGAAAAAGCUGCUCGUAUCUGUCGAGAUUAUCUUCAUGGUGUUUGGAAACGAGUUACAGCCGAAAACAUCACCCUUAAACGUAUCAGUGGAGGUCUCAGUAAUUGGCUUUACAACGUUCAGUUGCCAGACGGUGCUGUUCCAAUACGCGGCGAGCCGCGGCAAGUUUUAUUACGACUGUACGGUCAAGUGCAUGGGGAAAGAGCGUUGGAAGGACUUAUCACCGAAUCAGUCAUCUUCACGCUACUUUCAGAGAGGCGGCUUGGCCCAAAAUUACAUGGUAUAUUUCCAGGUGGCCGUAUAGAAGAGUAUAUACCGGCUAGGCCAUUGUUAACUAAAGAAUUAUCCGAUCCGACAUUGAGCUUGAUGAUAGCUGAAAAAAUGGGACAGAUACAUACUAUGCAAGUACCGAUCAGUAAAGAACCAACUUGGCUAUGGAAUACCAUGACCAAGUGGCUCGCCACGGCGACAGAUAUUUUAGAAAAUAUUGAUGAGAUCGAUUCGUGUCAACUCGAGAACGUCUACGUGUUGCGAUCGAUCGAUCUCGAGCAUGAGAUUAAUUGGUUCAGAGACCUUGUUAAAAAAGAAAAAUAUCCAGUCGUAUUUUGUCAUAACGAUAUGCAAGAGGGUAAUAUCCUUCUUCGGCAAAAUUCGCGGAAGACCGAGCUGGUUGUUAUCGACUUUGAAUAUUGUUCCUACAACUACAGAGGUUUUGAUAUCGCUAAUCAUUUCAUCGAAUGGCAGUACGAUUACACAGCGGCGAAAUAUCCAUUCUUCCAUGAACGAACAGGGGCUGGACCAACCAAAGAGCAGAAGCUCGAUUUUAUCAAGAGUUACUUGAAAACAGUCCAGAAGGAAUCUCAGACAGAAGAAGAACGUAUUAUGAUGGAAAUAAACGUAUUUUCGUUAGCCAGUCACCUGUUUUGGGGCCUCUGGAGUAUCGUCAAUGCCAAAUUAUCUGAAAUACCAUUUGGAUAUUGGGAUUAUGCGGUGUGCAGGCUACAAAAUUAUCAAUGUUUGAAAGAAAAAUUAUUAGUAUCUGGACCUCCUACAUUGGAUGAUGCUAUUAGGAAAAAAGUAACGGAUACUGAUUGAAACGACGACGAAUCACUAUCAUCGAGUGAAACUCUCCAUCCUUUAAGGGAAAUUUAAUUUUCAUCAGCCUGAAACAUCAGUAUGUGCAAUGGAUAAAUAUAGGAAACGUAACGGUAAAAAAUAUGGCUGAUAAAAGAGAUUUUGGAUCCAUCAUUGGCAAUGUUAUCAAAAUACAAAUACGAAUCUUUCCAUUUGACAUAUUUUUCAUGAAAAAGUGGAAAGAAUUCACGGUGAAAAGAUGUGAUAUAGUAUAAAUAAGUCGAUCGUUUCAUAAUCUUUUGAGAAAAGAUUAACAGGUAUUCGAAAGUAUAGCGAGGAAUAGGAAAAUUGUCUGUUCGAAAUUAAAAGGAAUGGAUAUUAUAAAUAAAAAUAUGAAAAAAGAUUAAUUAAGGAAUAUAUGCAAAAAGCGGAGAGGAUGUGCACCGCACCAGAACGAUCAUUAAAAUUUAAUAAAUAUGUGUCUUAACUGUUUACAAUGUGAAAGUGAACUUGCCUGCAAAUAAUUGCGCUGUACUUAAAAAACUUAGAUUAUACACGAAUUCACGUUUAUUUUGCAAAAAAAAAAAAAAUAAUAAAAUAAAAGAUCACAUUUUGCACGCUUAGUAUAGAAACUGGUACGGUAGCUUAUUUUAUUAAUUUGUAAAUAUUUCGACAAAAUUCAACAGCAAUAAUUUCUGUUCUUAAUCUGUACAUUAAUAAUUGAUAUGUUAUGUUAGAUUAUACAAACACGUAGAUGGAGAGAGAGAGAGAGAGAGAGAGAGAGAGAGAGAGAGAGAGAAAGAGAGAAAGGAGGGAAGUAAAUAGAAUUGCCACCAUAAAUCAUUUAUAGCAAAAGACAAUUUGGUAGAAUUAAGCUGGACAGAUGAUUUUACGAUCAGUCACAAGUAUCUAUUUGAUGAUGCACAAACAAACGAUAUUCGCUAUAUAAUUAGGAAUAUUUUAAUUAUAUUAUAUUAAAUUAAUACUAAAAGAAAAUCAUUAUCAUAUUUAUAUCAUUAACAUAGUUCAUAUCGUGACGAUGAUGAUGUCCAUUUGUAAAUUUCUUUACUGCUCUCUACCAGUGUUGUAUAUUGCUUCAUAUUUUAUUGCACGAUGAUAAUAUUCGCAUUUUGUUGUACAUAUAUAUAGGGACAGUAUACUAAUAAUGAAGAUUCUUGAACAAAUAUUUGAAUCUUACAUUGUAAAUAUAUACACGUAUAUAUAUAUAUAUAUAUAUAGAUGGAUAGAUAGAUAGAUAGAUAGAUAUAUAUAUAUUUUUAAAGAUGCUCUUUAAAAAUGUUCAUUUUAUUAUAUUAUCGAAAUAUCGAUUAAAUAUAUUUUUUUUAACAUUUCUUAAAUAAAUAAUCAUAUUUUUGCACAUUGGCAAACUAUACGUAACGUUUUUAGCUUAUAUUUUUAAUAGUGAAGAUAAUUUGAAAUAAAUCAAUUUUUGAUGAUACUAUACAUGUGAAUGCGAAGAACAUUAUUAAAUGGCAGAAUAGAUAUUCUUUAUCGUAUGUUUAUAUAUUUUUUAUUUUAUUCGAUCAGUAAGCGUGUUUUUAAAUUUUCUAAAAUUUCGGUCAUUUUAUUCUCUAACAUGUUGCGACGUUUUAUCUCCUCAUUUUUAGCCUGUAACAAAAGAUUGUUGUUAAUACGAAAAAACGACGAACUAUAUAUAUAACUAUGUAUGCUAUGUUUCGAGGGAAGAAACAAUGUCAAUAAUAUUACAUUUAUAAUAA